AUGGAGCUGAAACAAGGGUCGUUCCUGUGGUACCUCUAUCUGGACAAGAUAUACUGCCUGCUGUCUCUGCGGAACGUGAAGGCCCUGACCGAGUACUUCUUCCUGCUGGACGUGCACCGCAAGAACACCUUGAAUGAUGUGCUGUUCUUCCACUUCCUCCACCACGUCACCGACCUGAGAUCGAGACAGAUCAAGAUGGUGUUUGACGUGCUGGACUGGAACGCCACGGGCGAGAUCGGCUUUGAGCAGUUCUACAUGUUGGUCUGCAUUCUGCUGUCCCACCAGAACCACCUGGAGGAACAAUUCAUGUAUCGCCAUUCCCGGGCCGUGUUUGACCUGCUUGAUGUGCAUGGGGAGCUGAAGGUUGGGGCCGCCAACUUCUGCACCUACAGAUUCCUGUUCAACAUUAAAAAGCAAGAGCUCAAAGAACUCUUCCACAACUUCGACAUCACGGGCGACCGCUAUCUUAACUACAAGGAAUUUAAGCUGUACACGAUCUUCUCGACCGACAAGUCUCAGAAGAAAGGCAAGGAGAAAAAGAACCUGAAAUCGAAAUCCACGCUUGUGAAGAAAGUGAUCCGUCAGGUUGGCAUGAGCCAAAGGAGUCUCUUGGAGAAAAUGCGAUCCAAAAGCAGAGAGCACAGCUAGAACGAGGUGUUUAAUAAA